GACCACGCAGCGAAGCAACGGAAAUGUUGUCGGAGCAGCAGUUGACGGAGUAGCGCCUGAUCAAAGUCCUGACGGAGAGGCACAUGACGGGGGAGCAGCAAUCGGCAUAGUUUUACUGACGUGACUAAUUCGAAGUUUUUGCACUCGUGAGGCAGGUUCUGCGUUGGAGGCCACGAGUCGAGGUGAAUGCGUCCAUAGAAGUGCAGCUGACUUACGCGCGCUGGCAGUUCACCCAGGCGUACGUCAGGCUUUUCCACAGACCAGCCAGGUUUGCCUGGAUCGAGGCCAGGAAUCUGGUAAACUGGAUAGUAACAUCUACCAGUAGAGGCCUCGGGUUUAUCCGGAGUGAACGUGUCGUGAGACGGACACUUUUAGGCGUUCUUAGUAGCCGGACUAUUAAGCUGCUCUAGAGGCGCCAUGUCGCUAUUAAACGUUCCCUUGAAUAAACAAGGACCAGUUUCGUCAUUGCUUCCCCGAUCAGUACCCUCCACGUAUAUCGUUUCCUCACUUGAUCGAUUUGGCCGUGACUCGUUAUGCGGCCCUAGACGUAAUCCUCGCUAUAGUUUAUUGCCGCAGCGACAGGACCCAUUAACGGACCUGCUUCAAGGGGGGAAAUGGAGGGCAAGGAGAGCGGCGAGUGGGAAGAAGCGGCUAGGGCCGGUAACCCGUGCUGCUGUUACAGCUGGUAACCCGGUUACCGAUGCUGGGGACGUAGCUGGUCGGGGGAAGAGUAACGCUGGGCAGACAGCACUCCACAGGAGCACGUUGGACAUGAUAAAGAGCGAAAAACUCGGUAUCUUCUCCCUCAACACGUGGGUGGUGCACCACUUUCGGCACCUCGUGGCGCAAGUGAAUGCUUUGGAGCCGGCGAUGCAAGCACUCACGGACAAGCAGCUCCGGCGAAAAACACGCGAGUUCAAGAAGCGCCUGAAGCAGGGAGAAACGCUGGAUGACAUACAGGCAGAGGCCUUUGCGGUGGUGCGAGAGGCCGCCAUGCGGACUCUCUGCAUGCGACAUUUUGACGUGCAGAUCGUGGGAGGGGCGGUGCUGCAUGCUGGAGCCAUUGCAGAGAUGAAGACAGGCGAGGGCAAGACUCUGGUGUCCACGCUGGCAGCAUAUCUCAAUGCCCUUGUGGGGAAGGGCGUGCAUGUGGUGACGGUGAACGACUAUUUGGCUCGGAGAGAUGCGGAGUGGAUGGGUAGGGUGCACAGCUUCCUGGGGCUGUCAGUGGGGGUCAUUCAGCCAGGUCAGAACCGGGAGGAGAGACAGCUGGCGUAUGCAUGCGACAUGACUUAUGGCAGCAACAAUGAGAUUGGGUUUGACUAUCUUCGAGACCACCUGGUGCAGGACCCCAAUGAACGCACGCUGCGGUGGCCCGACGCGCUGCACUACUCCAUCGUGGAUGAGAUCGACUCGGUGCUCAUCGAUGAAGGCAGGAAUCCGCUGCUCAUCAGCAACAUGUCAUCCUCGCAUGUCAUGCGCUUCCCAGUGGCUGCUAGAGUGGCGGAAAUUCUUCGGAGGGACAUAGACUACACGGUUGACCUGAAGAUGCGCACCGUGCAGCUCACAGACUCGGGCGUGGCGAUAGUGGCUGAGAGCCUGAGGAGCGAGGAUGCCCCGGGGGAGGGGCCGGGGGAGGGGUCUGUGGAGGGGGAGGGAGGGGAUGCCUCGGACCCAGAUGAUAUUUUCGAAACCCGCAACUCGUUUGCACAGUUCGUGCUGACGGCCCUUAAAGCCAAGGAGUUCUACCUGAGGGAUCGGGACUACAUCGUGAGGGACGGCCAAGUGAUCAUAGUGGACGAGUUCACGGGGCGAACAGCCGACAUGAGGAGGUGGAGCGAUGGCAUUCACCAAGCAGUGGAGGCAAAAGAGGGGGUGGAGAUCAAGCCUGUAUCAGAGACAGUAGCCCAGGUGACCUACCAGUCCCUGUUCCGCCUCUAUGGCAAGGUUUCCGGCAUGACAGGCACCGCCAAGACCGAGGAGGAGGAGUUCAAGCGCAUAUUCGGCAUGCCAGUGGUUGUCAUCCCCACCAACCGGCCCAACAUAAGAAAGGACCUAGAUGUCGUCGUCUUCCUGCAAGCGCUCAACAAGCAAGCGCUCAACAAGGUGCACUAUGUGAUUCAGGAGAUUCUCAAGAUGAACCAACUCGGCCGCCCUGUGCUUGUGGGCACCUCCAGUGUGGAGGAGUCGGAGCGCCUCUAUGCCAUGCUGCAAGUUGAGCAUCCCCGCCGGUUCGCGCACAUCCAAGUGCUCAAUGCGCGGCCCGAGAAUGCAGCACGCGAGGCGGAGAUAGUGGCUCAGGCAGGAAGGUUUGGCGGCAUCACCAUUUCCACCAACAUGGCUGGCCGGGGCACUGACAUUGUGCUGGGCGGCAAUCCCGAGCUCUUGAGCAAGGAGGUGCUAAAGUGGGCGCUCUUUGAAGCGCCAGCAGCGGCUGCAGGGAACUAUUCGGCUUUCAAGAAGGGUCCGCAUGCGAGGCAGGGAUUUUGGCCGAUCGAGCUGCGGGAGGAGACCCUGAGGGAGCUCUACGCGGCUCAGUUCUCGUGGCGCAGCGUGGCAGCUGAUUGGUCGGAGGCUCAGCAGCAGGCGGUGUUAGAGCAGGCAGAGACUCAGGCUUUAAGGCCCUCCGCCUCUCCUGGUGCAGGCGAGGGCAAGGAGGAGGGGCUGGAGUGGGGGGAGCGGGGCGAGGCGGGCUGGGGGAUGGGGGUGGGGUUGGCGGAAGGGGAUGAUGACAUGGGAAUGAGCCCCCUUCCCUGGAGGGUCGGUGAAAACACCAGAGAGAAUGGUUCCAGUUUCGGCAGCAGCAACAAUGGCAACAGUACCAGCAGCAGUGGGAGCAGUGGGGAAGGGGAGGGGGACGAGAGUGAUGAGGAUGACGAGGAGGUGUGGGGAGGCGGAGGAGGGGUGUUGGGGGUGCGAGCGGUGCCCAGGUCGAUGCAGGAGAUGGUGGUGCGGGUGGUGGGGCGGGCGCUGGGGAUGGUGAACGCGGACUGCAAGGCGCACUGCAGGGAGGAGGGCGAGUACGUGAGGAGCCUGGGCGGGCUGCACGUCAUAGGGACGGCACUGAGCGAGUCGAGGCGGAUUGACAACCAGGCGCACUGCAGGGAGGAGGGCGAGUACGUGAGGAGCCUGGGCGGGCUGCACGUCAUAGGGACGGCACUGAGCGAGUCGAGGCGGAUUGACAACCAGUUGAGGGGAAGAGCAGGCCGGCAGGGUGACCCCGGGUCAACUCAGUUCGUCAUCAGCAUGGAGGACGACAUGAUGCGCGAGGUGCUGCCGGACUCAUCCCGAGCCAUGCUAGAGCAGCUGCUUUAUACAGGCGACUUUGAAGAGGGCUUCCCCCACGUGGCCUUGACCCUCGCUUUGGUGCAGACGCAGAAGACGAUAGAAGCGGCCAUGUUUGAGAGGCGGCGGCAAAUGCUUGACUACGAUCAGGUCUUCGAGCUCCAGCGCAAGCAAGUGUAUGAGCUGCGAGAGCUGAUUCUGGAGGAGUCUCCAGCAGAUCGGCACACACGAGCACAGCUGUACAUCCAAGCGGUGGUGGAUGACAUAGUCAAGGAGUACUGCUCCCCCUCCAAGCCUGUGGAGUCAUGGCCCAUCGACACCAUGCUCAAACGCCUCUCUCGCACAACUGGCAUAGAACUAUCCCAGCAUGUAAAUGCCGCCUCCCUCAGUUCAGCCCUGUCCCACUCCCCUCCAAGCAAUGCUGGUCACCGCUGGGACCUCCUAAACCACCUGCCCAACGUCCUGCCGCCCCUGCCUGAAGUGCUGCCGCCCCUUGGGGGAGGCUCCAAGGCUGCUGGUGCUGCUGGUGCUGCUGGUGCUGGUGGUGCUGGUGGUGGUGCAGUUGAGACUGGGGAUGGGGGGGCCCACGGCACGGAGGGAGCAGCUCGGCAGGAGCUGAGAUGGAGGGAGAUUCUCCGCGACCCGUCCGACCUGAGGGGCAGGUCGUCCAAGCACCUGGCAGCAGUGCGAAAGUACCUUGGCGAUGUGGUGGUAACGUGUUACAAGGCGCACCUCGCCCUGUUUGCCGCCUCGCCAGACCAGAUGGAAUUUUGCGAGAGGGAGGCUCUUCUUUCCACGUUGGACCGCCUGUGGAGUGUGCACAUUGCCAACAUGGCGCGACUGAGGAACGCGGUGAGCGUGCAGGGCUUUGGGCGCGAGAACCCCCUGGAGGAGUUCAAGAUAGAGGGCACCCGCUUCUUCAUCUCGACGCUCUUUGCCAUUCGGAGGGAGAGCGUGCAGGCGCUGCUGGCAGGCUUCCUGGCAGACACGGAGGGGGAGAUAGAUGGAGGGGGAGGGUAUUGACGGGGGAGGGGGGCAUUGAUUUGCGGGAGGGGGGAGAGAGGGGGAGAGGGGGGAGAGGACAACUGCUUAGGCAGGGCACCCGCUUCUUCAUCUCCACUUUUUGCAGGGUGUUUUUUAGAAUUCUCAAAAACACCCUGCAAAAUCAAGGAGAGGACAACUGUUUAGGCAGGGCACCCGCUUCUUCAUCUCCACUCUCUUUGCCAUUCGGAGAGAGAGUGAUGUGCAGGCGCUGCUGGGAGGCUUCCUAGCAGACAUGGAGGGGGGACAGAUGGAGGGGGAGGGCAGGGCACUCGCUUCAUCUCGACGCUCUUUGCCAUCCGGAGGGAGAGCGUGCAGGCACUGCUGGCAGGCUUCCUGGCAGACUCUGAGGGGCACAUUUGAUGGCGGUGGCGGUGGCGGUGGCAGUGGCGGUGGCGGUGGCGGUGGGGGGACAACUGUUCAUGCAGGGCACGUUUCUUCAGGUGGGUAGGUGAUUUUAUAGGAUUCCGGAAACUCAGCUGUUAAUCCAGGGCAGGGCACUCUAUUCGUCAUCCCGGCGCUCUUUGCCGUCUGGAGGGAGAGCAUGCAUGCAGGCGCUGCUGGCUGGCUUCGUGGCAGACACCAGGGGGGACAUGGAAAGAGCAGGUGGGGGGUGGCAAGUGUUUAAUCCGGAAAUCCUCUUCUCAUCCCGGCUUCUUUGGCAUACCGGAGAGCGGAGGAGACAGUGUGUUUGAUGGGAGGAGACAGUGUGCGCAGGUGGGGAGGAUGUUUCACUGCUGUCUGGCUUCCUAGCAGGCAUGGAGGGGGGCAUUGAUGGUGGUAGUACGGUAGUAGUAGUGGAAACGCAGUCUAGGUUUGGCACUUCUGUUGGAAAGCACAUUCUUGUUACCCCGUUAGCUGUUACCGUAUAUCCUUCUAACACACCAACUCAUAUUGUGCGUCCAACAACCAGGAGGACUGGAGGCUUCUUGUGUC